GUUAAGAGAAGUGAGAAACGAGCACACACAAGAUCCAAUAUGGAGGAAGGAAACACCACAAUCAUCAUGGCGUCACUCUCUACUCUUUCUCCUUCACACCUCACGAAUCUGACUCACUCCAUUCUCUCAAUCUCCCACCACCAUCGCCGCCGUCUCGCCGCCGUCCUAUCAUCUCCGACCCUUUUCUCCCUCACUCUCCGCCACCUCCUCUCUCUAUCUCUUCCCGACAAAACCCACCUCAUCGCCAACCAUCUCCUUUCUCUCCUCCACCCUCUUCUCAUCCACCGUAAACACCACUCCUCCUCCGCCGUCACCAUGAAGCUCCGGGACCUCGACGCAGUGGUCCUCCUCCUCUUUCUCUGCGAAACCCACCAGCUUCAUCCAGAUGUUUUAGAAGCUUCCGCCGAUAAUUGGCGGGAAAUUCUCGGUAAUACGUACUCUAAUACCAUGUUAAGUAAUAAUUCCGGUCUUUGGACUUGCGAUGCCGGAAUCUUGAUGCCUUACAUAGAAACCCUAGUUAGAUGCAAAAGAUUUGUUGACAUAAUGGGAGGCUACAACCAUCUUCGCCGAAGAGAUCAAAAAGAAGGCUACGAAGUUCCGGCUGCUAGAGCGGCUGUUGUGGCGUUACGAGCGGUUGAGGUUUUAAACGCCGCCGGAUCAAACGCCGGAGAAGUAGAAUGCGUGAUAUGCAAGGAAGAGAUGAGCGAAGGAAGAGAUGUUUGUGAAAUGCCAUGUCAGCAUUUGUUUCACUGGAAGUGUAUCUUGCCGUGGCUAAGCAAGAAGAACACGUGUCCUUUCUGCAGGUUUCAACUUCCCACCGACGAUGUCUUCUCGGAGAUCCAACGGCUGUGGGAGAUCCUCGUCAAGAGCAGCGAGUUACACGUGGCGUAAUCUCAGCUGGCGGUGAUGAAUACAUGUGUAAGAAGAACUAAAGAAGCGUGUACAUCGUAAUCUAGUAAUAUCUAUGUAGAAUAAUAUAUCACGUACUGUUAC